GGCGUUAAGUCGUGUGGGCUGUCAUUGCAAGACAGCUUGAUGGCGUCGGCAGCUGAAGAGAACAAGGACAACUAUCGAGGUGUCUUUGAUGGUUGCCUUGGCUUCGGAGAGAAAGCAGCGCUCAUCGUCAUUGACUUCACCAAGGCCUACACCACACCAGGCAGCUCUUGGUACUGUCCUGGAAGGGGGUACGGUGUGGUGGACGCCGUGGCGGAGUCACGUCCGCUGGUGGAACUGGCGAGAAGCAAGGGCGUUCCAGUCUUCUACACGAAGGUGUACUUCGAGCACCCCAGCGAUGGUGGCAUCUUCACCCAGAAGAUCCCGAAGCUGCGCACUUGGACGAAGGACAAUCCGCUGGUCGAGAUUGAUGACAGCAUCGCCCCUCAUGAGGGCGAUGCCGUCCUCGUGAAGCAGUAUCCCUCUGCUUUUUUCGGCACCAACCUGGCGUGCAACCUUCGUGCCAUCGGGGUCGACACUUGCAUCAUGAUUGGCUGCUCCACCAGUGGCUGCAUCCGGGCCUCAGUGCUGGACGGCAUGCAGCAAGGCUUUAGGUGUGUCGUCCCACGGGAGUGCGUGGGAGACCGCACGCAAAGCAUCCACGAGUCCAACCUCUUCGACAUCAACGCAAAGAACGGAGAUGUCUUGCCUAAGGAGGCAGUCAUGGAUUACUUGGCAAAGUGUUAA